AUGGAACAUGGAAACUCUACCCGGAGCUCGAAGCCUGAAGGGGCGUCAUCAAACAAUAAAAAGGAGGCCAAGGCUCUGCCGGGAGGCUCGAAGAAGCAAUUGCAGGGCACACGAAAACGAGUUUCUCAGGCUUGCGACAAGUGCCGGAGCCGCAAAGAUAAAUGCGAUGGGAACCGGCCAUCAUGCUCGACUUGUUUAAACCACGGCAGAACUUGCUCUUACGACGCGAAUGUAAAGAAGCGCGGGCUACCAGAAGGGUAUGUUCGUGGGAUAGAGAAGUUAUGGGGUCUUACUAUAAGAGAAGUGGAGGGCGUUGAGGAUGAAAUUUUGGCAGUAUUCAAUGGGGACGAGACAAACGAGGCACUUAUCAGCAUCUGGAGAAAUGAAGAUGGACAGCAAUCGGACAGCCUGGCUGAGGUAUGGAGGAAGUCUCAAUUGUCAAGAGAACUGGAAAGAUUGCUACCAAUAUUGGAACCGGGGCCUGGGUCUAGUACUGGGGACAUUAUUAAGAGAAAACGUCUCGACUCAGAUGUCCAAACAGGGAAACGACCUGUGCUAGGUCUAGGCGCCCAAUCCGAUUCUCCUAUAUCUGUUCCAGAUAAUGAACCUCCACCGCGGACUUCAAUCAGUGGCUGGUCCGAUCAGAAAGUCGAUUUUCAGAUUCAAGAGGAGCCGCCUGCGUCCCCAAUAGCUGGAAGCUCUGUCGGAAAGUUUUCCAACAGUCUUCCAGAACCCAUCACACACCGCGGAUCGAUUUUGAGUCCUGCUCACCCAGCAGCUGCAGUUGGUAGAUCAAAUCUGCCCGAGCUUCCAUCUGAGACCUGGCAUCUCCUUGAUGUAUAUUUUUCUUAUACUCAUUGUUGGCUCCCUGUUAUAGAAAAGCAUGACUUAUUGAGAAUAUCGUAUCAAUAUUCUCAAACAAGGACCAGUGGAGCAGAGGUUGUCAGUGGAGAUCACGCACUUUUAUGGGCUGCAAUAGCCUAUGCCAAAUUUCAACAUCGAGCUAUCAACAAUAUACCUCAUGCUCAAGGGUUGGUAUCACAAGAUGUAUGGACGGCCGAAAGGAUGUAUACACACGCGAGAGCUCUUAUUCCAAAUGAAGAAGGAAAUCUAGACCUUGGCCAUGUGCAAGCUCUCCUGAUCUUGACUCUCACAAAUUUUGGACUUGGGCAUUUAAACAGGGCAUGGAUACUUAUUGGACAAGCUGUCAGGAUUGCUAUUGAGCUCGGUCUUGAGAAACCGUUGGUUGAGGAGCCAAAAUCAUCAAGGCAUAACUCGAGAUCUAAGCACGUGUUUCUAGGUUGUUUUGCUUUGGAUACCUUGGUCGCAGCACGCCUACGAAGACGUCCACAUUUAAGAUCAGAUGAUCUGGACUGUAUUGGAAUGUUAGUCGAAGAUGGUUUGGAAGAAUGGGAUCCUUGGACGGACUGUCUCACUGUGCGAAGGAGUGCUGUUGGAAACUCUAGAGUUCCAGCCUCUAUCCUGAGUACUUUCAAUCGUCUCGUCCAAGUUCUCCAAAUUUUGAAUGAUGCAAGUUGCGCAUCCGAUAGUGCAAAAACUGUCCAAUUCAGCACCGGAUUGCUGGAAAGGUUACAUAUCUGGAGUCGAUCCCAAUCGCAGCCUUUAUAUUUCGACUCUACUGCAAUGAAUAGCGAGCAAGCUUCUUCGCUGCUACCGCAUCAUUAUCAUCUUCAUAUUGCAUAUUUCACCACGCUUGCGGAAUGCCAGCUCUUAUCACAUGGUCAAAGAAAGGGAAGCCCUGAUUUAGAACCUUGCACAAGAUCGGCACGGCAAAUCGUUCACCUUUUGAAACGACAUUCUUAUACAUUUGGGCUUCUAAUAGUUCCACCAACAUUCGAGUACUUCACCAAGAAAGCAUAUGAUGUUGUUCAUGCGGUUCUGCGAAGUAUUGACAAUACACACAUUGUUCUCGACGAUUGGAAGUACAACUUAGAUAUGUGCGUUUCUACCAUGGAGCCAGCAUGGCCAGUUUUUGAAUCUUUCAAAGAUGCUGCCGAAAUCGCCCUACUAAAAAACCGACGUGAAAGCCAAGCUGCGUUUGAUCUCAUGGUCCCAGCAGCCGCCGAAACACCCCAAUCGGCCAAAACGCCUAAUAGUACAGCCAGCUACGAAAUUAGUCAGCCAUAUAGUCCUCAAGUCUUCCGAUCACAAUCAAUGAAUAGCAUGGAUACAUCACGGCCCACUAGGAGUAAUCUCCAAUAUACGAAGAAUUUAGUGCCGCCAACAUCACAUUCCAAGCACUCUUUUAAUGGUUCUCUUACAGAGAAUUUUUCUACAAGAAUCUCGGAGAGCCCUCAAUCGGUCUAUAACAACGGAAAUACCACAACUCUAAACUCAUGGGGUGCUCCUCAACAAAAUCAGAACCAAAACCGGGCAACUAAUCAGAUGCCGUUUGGGUUGCUCCAGCAAUCUCCCAACUUGCAACAAACAGUACUUCCAAACAGCCUGGAAACCGAUGGUGAUUCGAUAUUCAACGAUUUUGCUGUCAUGGAUGCAAUGGAGUGGACGAACAGUAUGGAUCAGAGUUUAGUAAAUCUUGGAUUUGAGGAUCCCGACAACCGAAAUAAGGAUUUUUACACUUUCUGCCGGGAACCUGACCCGCUAUAUUCGAACAAUAGUAUAUUUCAACAACUGCUAGCGAGCUCCGCAGCAGAUUCAUUGGGGAUGGAUAAUCAUGGUUUUGGAAAUAUAGGAAUGGGCAUGCCUGGCGGUGCAGUGUUUGGAGAAGGAAUGGAUUUUGGACACGGCGAUGAGGGAAUUGAGGCAGGGCAGAUACUCCAGGCACUGAGUGCUGCCGAGGAGCAAAGAACAAAUCCUGGUGGGAAUGGUUGA